GGCUUUUAAGUGUUGGAAGCGGAAAAGGAUAAGGGGGGGCGGAGGAAGGAAGUUCAUCGCCGGCGACGGAAUUGAAGAAGAAGAAGAUGGGUCAUGCAUGCGUCUCGACAUCGUCGGCUUCUUCUCUGAGGAUUACAGCUGGAUUCGUCUCCAAUGGCUCUUCCUCUUUCGAUUCUCAGAAGCUUUCCCUCCCUCUUCCUUCAAGAAAGACGAACAAGUUAGUUAGCGAGAGAAAGAACUGGAAGAGGUCAUCAUCAUCAUCAUCAUCAUCAUCAUCAUCAUCAUCAUCAUCAUCAUCAACUCGGAAGGCUGUAUACUCCGACGGCAAUCUCUGGACACCUGCGCCUCCCUCUCCUCAAGGAGUUUGGUCCAUAAGAGAUGAUUUACAAGUCCCUUCUUCUCCCUAUUUUCCUGCCUACGCUCAAGGACCGCCUCCUAUGGUUCAAGAGCGUUUCCACAGUAUCAUUUCCCAACUCUUCCAAUAUAGGAUUAUUCGUUGUGGUGGUGCUGUGGAUGAUGAUAUGGCCAACAUCAUCGUUGCUCAGCUUCUUUACCUUGAUGCCGUUGAUCCUACUAAGGAUAUUGUCAGUAUGUGAAUUCUCCUGUGGCUCUGUUACUGCUGGUAAUAUUUACA